AUGGCGCAAAGGUUAGGUGCGAGUGCAGUGAAGAUCAGCAGAGGUUUGGCGACAGCCAGCCAAGCACAUGGACAAGCAACAACAACUCGUACAUGGAAGUUAAUGACUUUUAUAGUCGCUUUACCAGCAGUUGCUGUCCUCAUGCUGAAUGCUUUUCUGAAGCCAGGUCAUGGACGUCCUGAAUUUGUGCCUUAUGAACAUCUCCGCAUCCGCAACAAGCCUUUUCCUUGGGGAGAUGGAAAUCAUACCUUAUUCCACAACUCACACAUGAACCCAUUACCCACUGGCUAUGAGAAAUAA